AUGCUGGGCGCAUUGGUUGCGCUCGGCCUCGCUGCCGUUCAUGCAUCCCAAGCAGCGCUCAUCCGUGACACCAUCUCGGAAUGGUUCUGGCUUUCUACGGUGGUUGACGGCAACUACUGGUAUAUUACGGGAGGGGAAUUCUACGAGACGGUCAACGAUGUGGUGACAAUGUACUACCAGGGCAAUACACUCGUGGUCGACCUCACGCAGUCUUGGACGAAUCAGACAGUUGGUUCUACUGCUUCAGUAGCAGACCCUGAUGGAAUGAUCUAUGUUCGACAACCGAUGGUUUUUUAUGACAAGACGCGGAACAAAAUAAGUCGAUAUGGUGGAUGGCCGUACGAAACAGCCGACUUUCCGUCAUUGCUGUGGUCCUUCGAGGCAGGAUCAGCCGACGUUACGUGGAAGAAUGAGACAGCACCUUCAACAGAUGGCCUUUCAGCAGAUUCACCAGGGCCAUUCGCUUCCGCAAAUGCCUUCACGAAUUCUACUUAUUACAACUUUGGUGGGGAUGUCGUGGGCUCCCUUCCCAACAUGACGGUUCUAUCCGGCCUUGUCACACGAGACUUUGUGGCUCAAUCUUGGACAAACUCCACAGUCAUUAUACCAAACCAGAGCAAAUAUCGGACUCAGGCUCGCAUGGUCCACGCGCCUAAUUUUGGGGGGCAAGGGUUUCUUGUGAUUGUGGGCGGAGAGGCACCACCCACAGAAGCAUCUAUCUACGAGACUGGAUCAUUCAUGGUUGAUAUGUCAACAAUCACUCUGUACGAUAUUGAAACCGGGGAUUGGUUUACGCAAACAGCAACGGGAGACAUUCCGCCUCCAAGAUCAGAAUUCUGCGCCGUUGGGGCAGCAUCCAGCGACGGAAAGAAUUUCGAACUGUUCGUUUACGGUGGUUCCACAAAUACUACAUUCGAUCUGAACCACGGUUCCGACGAGGGCUACCUUAACGUCUACACCCUCUCUCUUCCCGCGUUUCAAUGGUUCAAGUCAAAAUCAACUACGCCUGUGCGUCGAGCUUGCCAUGCCUGCACUGUCAUCGGCAAGAGACAAAUGGUGUCGAUUGGCGGCAGAUUGCCUAGUUCCUUGCAAGCGCUGGGUGCCGAACAAGAUCCAUGGGCAAGCGGGCUGGGGGUGUUUGACAUGACGAGCUUUGAAUGGGUGGAUCACUACGACGCAGCUGCACUUCCAUAUGAAUCGCCUGACGUGGUCAAGCAGUAUUACUCUGAAAGUUAUAAAGAGCCAGACUGGAGUGACCCGACACUGGCCACGAUUUUCGCUUUCACUCCACCCACGAACUCCUCGUCCGACAAUUCUACUUCUUCAGGGGGCUCAGGAGGUUCCAGCAGUUCCCCAGACACCUCUACAGGUGAUUCCUCCUCCUCAUCGUCGUCGUCAUCAUCAUCAUCAUCAUCAAGCAGCAACGCCGGUCCGAUAGCCGGCGGUGUCAUCGGAGGCGUUGCACUGCUCUCGGCCAUUCUUGGGCUGUGGUACUGGCUGGCAGUACGACGAAAGCGGCAGGCCCGGUAUGCAGAAGCUGCCGCGGCGGACAAAGAAGCCGACUUCAAGCCCCAGCUCGAAGCUGCAUCACAACCAAUGUUUGAGGUAGACGACAAUUCUCGGUCGGAAUUACAUGGGUUGUCGCCGAAACCACAGAUUAUUGCCGAGUUGCCUGUGAACGAGGAGCAUCAGAGACAUGUUGGUCCUGGUGCGGCAAGGAGAUGA